AUGGCCUUCUUCAUUUUCCUACUCCUCAUUUCUUCCCAACUUGUUCUCAUCGAUGCUUGUCAUCGACGAGAAAGAGAAGCAUUGAUGAGCUUCAAAUCAAACAUGGCAGACCCUUCGAAUCGUUUGUCUUCAUGGAAAGGCCGAAACUGCUGCAGCUGGUACGGAAUCAACUGUUCCGACACGUUGCAUGUGACGGUCAUCGACCUCAGGAAUCCCGAACCAAACAACCUUAUUCUGGACAUGAAUUCCCAACCUCUUUCAACAUCUAGUGUCCCAUCUACUGCUCUUGUUGGUACCAUCUCCCCUUCACUUUUCUCCCUUACUCAUCUCACAUACCUUGACCUCAGUUUCAACAACUUCAGCUUCUCAAAGGUUCCUUUAGGAUUCUCAAACCUCAGUGCACUCACUUAUCUGAAUCUAUCGAAUGUUAUGUUCGAGGACUCGAUUACAACUCAGUUUUCCAACCUUACUUCCCUUGUUGAACUCGAUCUUUCGUGUGCUUCGGUCGUUGUGGACUACUCAUCUGCUUACCCAUCUUUGUCAUCUACCGUGACAGUUCAUUUAGGUUCUCUAUAUGCAUACAUCGAUCGGGGACGUUUGUAUGCAUCGGAUUUGAAAUGGUUACAGGGGCUGAAAAAUCUCAGAAAACUUCAACUCAGUGGUGUUGAUCUAUCUCAGGUGUCUCCAUCAGUUCUAUGGGCUAAACCGAUAUCGAAUCUUACCAGGCUGAGGUUGCUUGACCUAUCAAACUGUCGAAUCUCUGGGGAGAUUCCGGUUGAACAGCUUCUCUUCCUUACCAGACUAUCUAAAUUGUACAUGAGCUUCAACUUUCUCGCCACGAAAAUACCGACUAAGUUGGCCAAUCUCACCUAUCUGAGGGUUCUUGACCUCACCAGAUCAAACCUGCAAGGCCAUAUCCCCUACCUUCCUCAAUUAAAGAUACUUUAUUUGGGAAACAACUCAGACCUUACCGUCGAUCUCCAUUCUAUGUUUGCGGUUCCCUGGCCCAGAUUAGAAUCGAUUGACAUAUCUUCUACCCAUGUUAUUGGAUCCAUCCCACCCACCAUUGGCAACACCACCUCAUUAGUUGAAUUCGUAGCGUACAAUAGUUUCAUUCAGGGUCAGAUACCUACCCCCAUGAUGAACCUUUCGAGGUUGGAAUACUUGUCGCUAGACAUGAACUACAUGAGUGGUGAGAUUUCAUCUUCAAUAUCCAAUUUAAAAAGCCUGCAAUUUUUAUCUUUGAUGCAGAACUCUUUUCAUGGACCGAUACCAGAAACGAUUUGUACCAUUUCAUCUCUGUGGUAUCUAGCUUUAGCAAUCAACUCUUUUACCGGAAACUUACCGGAUUGCUUAGGCCAGCUCCGUGAUCUCAGCUACCUUGUUGUAAACUCCAACAACAUGAAUGGAUCGAUCCCUUCAUUGUCAUCAUUCUUCCGAAACUCGACUCCGUACAUGCUCUAUCUCAGUUACAGUGGACUAACUGUGAAAGUAGACCAACAACCCUUUCCACCAACAUUUCAGCCACAACUCUUGUCCCUAGAUUCAUGUAAUAUAGGAGGUGAAAUCCCAGAAUUCAUAUCAAAUCUGACCAAACUAGAAUCAUUAAGUUUGUCCAAUAAUGGCCUAUCAGGAACAAUUCCUUCUUGGUUGUUCAAUCUUCCCAAUUUGGGUUACUUAGAUCUUUCUUUCAACACACUCCAAGGAGUCAUCCCACCUAACAUUAAGCUAAAGUCAUCUUUCAUGCAGACAACACUUAGAUUAAGAAGAAAUCUGCUUCAAGGAUCGAUCCCUCGAUGGCUCAGGAACAUACAAAUCUUGGAUUUGUCAGAAAAUAAUUUCACAGGCAGCAUUCCUUCAGAGGUUGGACAGGGCAACAUUAGGUACUUGAAACUCUCUGAUAAUAGAAUUUCGGGUCGGAUCCCAUUCUCUCUAUGUCAAGAAAACAAUGAGCUUAUGCUGCUUGAUCUUUCUAACAACAACUUGUUCGGAACAGUUCCGACCAGCUUCGGAAAUUGCAGAUCGUUAGUGUACCUUAACCUUGGCUCGAACAACCUUACUGGUGGUAUUCCGGGGGAACUUCAACAAGCCAGAGGAUUGAGAUUUUUAGAUAUUAGUGGGAACCAAUUUGAUGGUCUUUUCCCUUCUGUUGUUCAUAAAUUUGAGAAAAUAAUGGUUAUCAACAUGGGAAACAACAAAUUCAGUGGAGAGAUCCCUCAAUUCAUUGGAGACCUCGAAGACCUUCGACUUCUUGAGUUGGAAUACAACUUUUUCAAUGGUUCAAUCCCGGAAGAGAUAUUUGGUCUAGAAAAUCUACAGUUCAUUGGCUUUUCAAACAAUCAACUGUCUGGUCCAAUCCCUGAUAAGUUAUCCGGAUUAAAGACGAUCAUAAACCGACCGAAAGACGGAGAUCUUCUCGGGUUUAUCGUCUCUAAAGGAUACAUUGGUGUUAAAGUGGAUAUGGUGGCUAAGGGAUUGUUACUACAAUUCAAUGUGGUUCGAACAUACCAUAAUGGAAUGGAUCUUUCAUGCAACAAUCUGACCGGAAACAUUCCUUCAGAAUUAGGCAUCCUGAAAGGGCUCUAUGCACUUAAUCUCUCCCAUAAUGGUCUCUCUGGUAACAUCCCUUCUACUAUAGGAAACAUGAGUCUCCUUGAAUCUCUGGACCUUGGUUACAACAAUCUAAGUGGAGAAAUCCCUAGUUCAUUGACUCGGCUGGAUUCGAUUACGACAUUAAACUUGGCGUACAACAAUUUAAGUGGGAAAAUCUCGACGAGUCCACACUUUGAUACGUUGAGUAGAGAUGGAUUAGCAUACAUUGGCAACAGAUUCUUGUGUGGAGCUCCUGAUGGCAUCGACUGUGACGACGACGACGAUUUCCCAACGUCGGAAUCAUCCGAUGGUAGUGAAAAUCAAUCCGGAGAGUGGAGAAUACUGCUUGCUGUUGUGUUUGCAGGGUAUGUCACUGGCUUCUGGGGGCUUUUCGGGGUUGUUUACUUGGUGAAUAAGAGAUGGAGGGAGGCUUACUGGGAAAUUGUAGAUCGAAUCGUAGCUGAAAUCACCAGAUGCAGUAAAAGCAGACUAUCUUUUAUCUCGGACUUGUUGAAUCGGGAUUGA